CGCUGCUGUGAUGUAUAUAUAUAUAUAUAUAUAUAUUGCCGAGGUUCGAGUACGCUUAUGUGGCUUGUCUUUCUGAGUUACAGUGAUUAACAACAAUCCCUUUCAAAUAUAAUACCUAUUCACCACGAUGCGUGUUCCUUAUAGUAUCAUUUUCGGCUUCAUUGCCGCAAGUCGGGCGUGGCCCACUCCUUUCCCUGAUGGCGAUCUUAAUACGGACUUUGCUCCCGUAUCGAACCCCAGGAGGAAUCCAUCCGAGGUUAUAAGUCAACUUCAACAACUGAUAGAGAAGACAUGCCAUAAUGCUUGUCUGGAACUUUUCCCUGAUGAGGGGGCCAAUCACGAAGCCUGUAUGAACAUAUGCCAUCACAAGCAAUCCGAUUUUGAUAAUACUAACCCGGAUUCGGGUAUGUAAAGUUUUUGAUGAGCGUUCCAAUCGAACCAAGGCAGUGCGUUUCGAACAUCAUGGCACUGCUGUAAACUGCAGCUAGUAUUUAUGACUUACGAUUUAAGCGUUGGGUUUCUUAUUUGGUUAUGCCACGGAGCAUCUUCAAUUCAUAGGUACAUCAUUUACUUGAAGAUUUAUAUUAAUAACUUGCGGUGAUUAGAUGGUCCGCUUAUAAUGUUGAACGGGCUGUGGGCAUUUAGUAUAGAUCUAUCAGUAUAAGCUUAAUUCUUAGGCUUGAGAAUUGGAUUUGCAACUGUCUUGUGAGAGUGUGUGGCGAUAAA